AUGACUGAAGAGGAAAUUAUGAAAAUUAAUCGAAAAUUACAGAAAAUGAUCAAUAAAUCAGACGUGGAUGAAAAUAUUGCUCGAGAUCUACUUGUUCGUUUACAAGAAUCACGCAUAACACUUGUUAUCCUACAAACAACGGGUAUUGGAAAAACCGUCAAUAACUUACGACGGUUAAUUACUAAUGAAGAUUUAUCCAUCGUUGCUAAAAGCCUUCUAAAAAAUUGGAAAAAACUUGUAUCCGAAACAUCGCCAGGACCGAUACAUAAAGUUGAAAAAUCAUCAACAUCAAACAAUACGAAUAACAGUCAAAGUUCACAAGAAACUAAUGUGAACAAUGGAAAAAAUAUUGAAUCGAAUAAAUCUACAAAACAAAAAUUAUCAGGAAAACCGUCUUCAUCGAAGUUUUAUACCGCAUUACAAACUCAAGAUGAAUUUCGACUAAAAUCACGCGAUCUCUUAGCUGCUGCUCUUUCAAUGUCUGAACUUCCCGAAGGUUCUGCUGAUCCAGUGGAGUUGUCUGCUCGCGUUGAAGAUGCUAUUUAUAAAGAACUUAAAGAUACAGGUGUUAAAUACCGUAACCGUAUACGAAGUCGUAUUUCAAAUUUGAAAGAUGCAAAAAAUCCAAAUCUUCGCCGAAAUGUACUUCUCGGUAUAAUUAUACCAGAACGAUUAGCUGUACUUACUGCUGAGGACAUGGCAAGUGAUGCAUUAAAACAAGAACGAUCAAAAUUAACCGAUUUAGCGAUUAAUGAAUAUCAACUUGCUGUCGAUGAAGGCACUGGUACUGAUCUCAUUCCAUGUAAACGAUGUAAACAAAAUAAUUGUGCUUAUACAGAAGUUCAAACACGUAGUGCUGAUGAACCCAUGACAUUGUUUGUUUUUUGUAGAAAUUGUGGAUUACGUUGGAAGAUGUAA